AUGGGUAAAGUAGCUAAUUCUGAGAGAAGCUUUGCUGUCAGGACAUUGAAGUUUCUGCUGUUGCUCUUUCUCCCAUCUUUCAAGGAGUGCAAUCCUCUGAAGUGCCCUGAAAUUGAUCCCCUUCCUGUGCCACACAAAUGGUAUAAGCCAGGUGGCCUCAUCAUUGGUGGGAUGGCUUCUCACAUCUAUUACCUUUCCCAAGAAUAUUCCUUCAUGAAACACCCCAAACUGGAAGUAGAUUUUGACAUUCCAAUCAUGGUGACAAAAUUCUACCAGCAUCUCCUGGCCUUGGCAUUUGCCGUAAAGGAGAUCAAUGCAAGUCCCGAGAUUUUGCCAAACAUCACACUUGGAUUUCACAUCUAUGACACCUACAAUGAUGUGAAACUGACCUAUCGCAACAUGUUAGACCUGCUCUUCAAUUCUCAUAGAUUUGUCCCCAACUAUAAAUGUGACAACCAGAAAAAUCUCAUAGCCGUCAUUGGGGCACUUGAAUCUGAGAACUCCUACUACAUGGCAGACAUCGUUGGUCUUUACAAGAUUCCACAGCUCUCUUAUGGCUCAUUUGCUCCAGAAGAGAAUGCUGCAACACAGACUUCCUCUUUUUACCGCACAGUCCCAAAUGAGUCCUAUCAGUAUAGGGGGAUUAUCCGGUUACUACAGCAUUUUGGAUGGACAUGGAUUGGUCUGUUUGUUGCAGAUGAUGAGAGUGGAGAUGGCUUCUUACGGGUCCUGGAGCCUUUGCUUGCCAAGAGUAGAAUCUGUUCAGCCUACACAGAAAGAAUUCCACACCAAAGUCACCUUCCUGGCACUACAGAUGCUCUGAACGGCAUGACUCUCAAUAUUCCACGGCGUCUUGUGGACAAGGAAGCCAGAAUAAUUGUUUUCUAUGGUGAAACAGCUGUCCUUUUGUGGCUGGUUACAUUGAUGUUUGCAGCAAAUGUUGACUACAAGGAAAACACUUCUUUUGGUAAGGUUUGGAUUACGACAGCUCAGAUGGAAUUUUCUACAACAAUCUUCAUAAAGAGUUGGACUUUUGAAAUAUUUGAAGGUGCCAUUUCCUUUGCAAUUCACUCAAAUGAACCUUCAGGGUUCCAGGCAUAUCUUCAGAACAUGAGAUUUUCAUGGACCCAAGGAGGUCGAUUUGUCAAAGAUUUCUUGGAGCAUUCUUUGGGCUGCUCAUUUCCAGUUCCCAGUACAUCAACAGAUGAUGAUGAUGAUGAUGAUGAUGAUGAUGAUGAUGAUGAUGAAGAAGAAACAUGUACUUUGGAAGAGAAAUUGGAGAAUCUUCAUGGAUGUACUUUUGAGAUGAGAAUGAGUGGCCACAGCUAUGGUAUCUAUAAUGCUGUUUUUUCUGUGGCACAUGCUUUGCAUAAAAUGCACUCAUUCAGAACCCAUCACAGAGCAAAACAAAACAAAAUGCUUGAAGUUGAAAACAUCGAGCCAUGGCAGCUCCAUCAAUUUCUUCAAAGCAUUUCCUUUAACAACUCAGCUGGAGAAAGAAUGUCCUUCAAUAAGAAUGGAGAAAUGGUAACUGGAUUUGACAUGAUAAAUAUGCACUUUUUUCUAAACAACUCAUUGGAUGCAAAGAAAGUUGGCAGUGUGAACUCCAGUGCUCCUGAAGGAAAGGAUUUCAUAAUUUACAAGGAUAAAAUUGUGUGGCACAGACAUUUUAACCAGGUGCUGCCCCUUUCUGUGUGUACUGACUCCUGCCAACCUGGCUAUCAGAAGAGAAAGUGGGAAGAGAUGAAAUUUUGCUGCUAUACUUGUGAUCCAUGCCCUGAAGGGAAGAUUUCAAAAGAGAAGGAUAUGCCUGAGUGUUUCGAAUGCCCAGAGGAUGAAUAUCCAAACAAGAUUAAAUCUGGAUGCAUCCCUAAAGUUACAAGUUUCCUAUCAUUCAGAGAACCUUUAGGGAUCAGUCUAGCUUCAGUUGCUUUCUCUUUUUUUCUGAUCUCAGUCUUGGUGCUUGGAACAUUUAUUAAACAGAGAGAUACCCCCAUAGUCAAAGCCAAUAACCGGGAUAUCACCUAUACUCUCCUUGUCUCCCUCCUGCUCUGCUUCCUCUGUUCUUUACUGUUUAUUGGACAACCUGGGAAGGUGACCUGCUUCCUCCGACAAUCUACUUUCAGCAUCAUCUUUUCUGUGGCCGUUGCUUGUGUGUUGGCCAAAACGGUCACUGUAGUUGUAGCUUUCAUGGCCACCAAACCACAGUCCAGCAUGAGGAAGUGGGUGGGAAAAAGACUAGCCAACUCCAUUGUUCUUUCCUGCUCACUUAUUCAAGCAGGCAUUUGUGCAGUGUGGCUGGGAACCUCUCCCCCAUUCCCAGAUUUGGACAAGCAGUCACUACCUGGAGAGAUUGUAGCACAGUGUAAUGAAGGAUCUGUCAUCAUGUUUUAUCUUGUCCUGGGCUACAUGGGUCUUCUGUCCAUUAUCAGCUUCACUGUGGCUUUCCUAGCCAGGAAAUUGCCUGACACUUUUAAUGAAGCCAAGUUCAUCACCUUCAGUAUGUUGGUGUUUUGCAGUGUUUGGUUGUCUUUUGUUCCAACCUAUCUAAGCACUAAGGGGAAAUACAUGGUAGCUGUAGAGAUCUUCUCCAUCUUGGCCUCCAGUGCUGGGUUACUGUGUUGUAUCUUUUCCCCUAAAUGCUAUAUCAUUUUACUGAGGCCUGAGUUGAACAGUAGGGGGCAACUGAUAAGGGGGAAAAACUGA